AUAACUGGCCUUUUGGAUAUUACUGUCUUAUCUAUGAGGAGGAAACAUUUUCUUUUUCUUUCAGGGCCUGGUGACCUUUGACGAGGUAGCUUUGAAUUUCUCUAAAGAAGAGUGGGCUCUGCUGAAUCCUGACCAGAGAGCUCUGCACAAGCAAGUCAUGGAGGAGAGCUGUGGACUCGUUGCCUCUCUUGAAGGUGACAUCCGAGAUUUGGAGAACGAGGGAGCACUGCGUGAGAGUCAUUCCUUUGCUUCAAAAGCCAGUGGCUGCUAUGAAAUUGCAACCCAAGGUGAAAGAAACGAAACCAGCAACUGCCCUGUGUCUCAGAACAGAUCUGAUUCGAACCCAAACCGUGAAGCUUGUGGCAAAACCCAUGUAGAGGAGCAACCAUUUAAAUGCCAGGAUUGUGGGAAGAACUUCGGUUGGAGAUCACAACUCAAUAGGCACCAAAAAAUGCACACAGGGGAGAAGCCAUAUAAAUGCUUGCAGUGUGGAAAGAGUUUCAGGCAGAACUUUCACCUCACUUCCCAUCUAAAAAUCCACAGAGGGGAGAAACCACAUGAAUGCUUGGAUUGUGGGAAGAGCUUCAGUCAGAGGAAUGACCUCGCUUCUCAUCAGAGAAUCCACACAGGGGAGAAACCAUAUAAAUGCUUGGAGUGUGGGAAGGGCUUCCGUUCAAGCACCAGCCUGACUUGUCAUUUAAGGACUCACACAAGGGAGAAACCGUAUAAAUGCCUGGAGUGCGGUCGCAGCUUUGGCCAGAGCUCAUACCUAAGUAAACACAAAAGAAUUCAUACGGGGGAGAAACCAUAUAAAUGCCUGGAGUGUGGCAUGAGCUUUAGUCAUAAUUCAUCCCUCACAUACCACCAAAGAAAUCACACUGGCGAGAAACCGUAUCAGUGCUUGGAGUGUGGAAUGAGGUUCAGUCAGAGCUCGGCCCUCAUGUACCAUCAAAGAAUUCACACAGGGGAGAAACCAUAUCAGUGCUUGGAGUGCGGAAAGAGCUUCCGGGUGAGACCAAGCCUCACUUCUCAUCAAAGAAUACACACAGGGGAGAAACCUUACAAAUGUCUGGAGUGUGGAAAGAGCUUCCGUUUGAGCACAAGCCUGACUGCUCACCAAAGAACUCACACAGGGGAGAAACCUUACAAAUGUCUGGAGUGUGGAAAGAGCUUCAGUGUGAGGAAAAGCCUCGCCUCUCACCAAAGAACUCACAUGAGGGAAAAGCCACGUAGAUGCACCAAGCAGGGGUGGGGAGCCUGCGGCAAUUCAGAUGUUGUACCCCCAACUAGCACCAAAAAAGGAGAAGAUGUACCCAUCAUCAACCUGGCUAGUAUGAACUGCAGGGCUUCAGAUAAGGUGGUGGCAUAA